UGAAAGGUACAUAAGUACUCGUAUAUAGCAAAAAAAAGAAGAAGGCUUAUUGUCUGUAGAACAUGACAAGUACAUUUUCAUGUUUCAGAAGAAGGUGCUGCACCACCAUUAUCAUUGAUCAGCAUUUGCCUCUGUUUUAUCUCACAAACCCGCAAGCAACAAAUGAGGCACAUUAGCACACAAAAUCCCGCCCUUGUACUUCUAAACGGAGCACAACCUAGUAAUUUGCCGUAGCAGGAGAAUAUCUCAAAGAGAGUUUAGCAAGGAUACUAGAAAAUCAAAUAACUAAUCAAACAUUGCCAGAAAGGGUUGAUGGCAAAGACCAGUGACACAGACGAAAAUGCAUUGCCCAUAAGAAAAAUGCAGGAAGAGGAUACAUACAUUACCCCCAAAAAUCACUAGAGUAGAUUGGAGAAGAAUGGCCUCACUACGGGCUCAUUUUCACCUAUCUGGAGGCCGUGAGGCUGGGCGUGAUCACCACAAGCUAAUGUUUUAUGCAAAUUUUGAUUUUUUUUGUUUGUGAACAGUAUGUACGGCAAUGUACCGAAUUUUUUGUUUUUUGUUGCUGCAUUAUAUAUUUGUGGGAGCUUAAAUGUAACAUCCUUAAAAAACAUCUAGAUGUGAAUUAGACAAACUGUACAGAUUAAUGUACCGAAUCAUGCGCACCGGUCAGCAAACCAUACGUGACGUGUCAUCAAAUACUCUACAUCCUUUUAUCUCGCACAAAAAAAUAAAUCCUUAUCCUAAUCACGAUCCGGUCUAGCAGUAGUAGCUAUUCAACAGGAUUAAUUUGUUAGCUCCAACAAACAAACUGGAGUUAGUAUACUUUUCCUAACCAUGCAUUAUCCAACCAGCUGCGGCUAUAAAUACUCGCCCUUCCGCAUGCAGCCACCUCCUCCAUCUCAUUCAUUCCCAUCAAUGCCAUCAUCCUGCUCCUACUCCUAGCAGGCUAGCCCUACCUACGUACGCAAGUCCCACCGAUCCAUCCACGACCACGAUGGUGCAGCGCACGUUCCCCGCCGAGGCCAUGUCCAUGGACCUGUCCCCGAAGAAGCCCGCCAAGGCCUACGGCGGCGACGGCGGCGCCUACUACGACUGGGCCCCCGCCGACCUGCCCAUGCUCGGCGCGGCCUCCAUCGGCGCCGCCAAGCUGCACCUCGCCGCCGGCGGCCUCUCCCUCCCCAGCUACUCCGACUCGGCCAAGGUCGCCUACGUCCUCCAGGGCGCCGGCGCCUGCGGGGUCGUCCUCCCGGAGGCCGCCAGGGAGAAGGUGAUCCCCGUCAAGGAGGGCGACGCCCUCGCGCUCCCCUUCGGCGCCGUCACCUGGUGGCACAACGCCGCCGACGCCGCCGCGGGCGAGCUCGUGGUGCUCUUCCUCGGCGACACCUCCAAGGGCCACCGCCCCGGCCGCUUCACCAACUUCCAGCUCACCGGCGCCUCCGGCAUCUUCACCGGCUUCUCCACCGAGUUCGUGGCGCGCGCGUGGGACCUCGACCAGGAGUCCGCGGCGAAGCUCGUCUCCACCCAGCCCGGCUCGGGCAUCGUCAAGCUCGCCGACGGCCACAGGAUGCCGGCGCCGCGCGCCGAGGACCGCGACGGCAUGGUGCUCAACUGCCUGGAGGCGCCGCUGGACGUGGACAUCAAGGGCGGCGGCCGCGUGGUGGUGCUCAACACGGCCAACCUGCCGCUGGUCAAGGAGGUGGGGCUCGGCGCCGACCUCGUCAGGAUCGACGCCCACUCCAUGUGCUCGCCGGGCUUCUCGUGCGACUCGGCGUACCAGGUGACGUACAUCGUGCGCGGGAGCGGGCGCGUCCAGGUGGUCGGCAUCGACGGCACCCGCGUGCUGGAGACCCGCGCCGAGGGUGGCUGCCUCUUCAUCGUGCCCAGGUUCUUCGUCGUCUCCAAGAUCGCCGACGACACCGGCAUGGAGUGGUUCUCCAUCAUCACCACCCCCAACCCAAUCUUUAGCCACUUGGCGGGGAGGACUUCGGUGUGGAAGGCUAUAUCGCCGGCGGUGCUGGAGACGGCCUUCAACACCACUCCUGAGAUGGAGAAGAUGUUCCGCUCCAAGAGGCUCGACUCCGAGAUCUUCUUCGCUCCCAACUAAAUCAUCAUGCAGCUGCUCAUCCAUCUCCGACUUGGCUAGCCACAAGCAUCUUAAAUCUAGUUUCUCUCGGACGUGGGUUUAGGAUCGUUUGUCUCUUUUUAUUUAGUUAGCAGAUGUAAUAAGCA